GUAAGCGUCGCGACUAGUUGAAUUUCGGUAAAGUAGUUAAUUCGUCGUAAAAUACCGGACACAAUCGUCGUUAUUACAUGAAGAUUACAUUUUUCGGGAAUGAUAGCGAUCUCCACUUAAUCGCGUGAAUCGCGAUCGAGAUUUCGUGACGGACGCUUUAAUGAAUCGCGUGCGCUCUCCUUUAAUACAAUCGCGCGUCUUCGCUACCGUCUUCGCUAGUCGUUAGAACGGUCGCCAUGACACCUUGGACACGAAUUUCGAGAAUGAUGAGGAAAAUCUCGGGUGAUUAUCGUGAUUAUAUAGCGAAGCAGUGAAGGAAAGAAACACGGGCAGGCUCGUCGGAUUAUUCCUGGAAUUGAUGGGUGGGGGAAGGAGCACGUGCUCCCGUUCGUCGCGACCGUCACGUCACGUCACGCAGUUGAGUUUCGAACACGCAAGGUAUCGGGCGAUUGUUGUGAUUUCGUCAAGAUUAAGUCUCGCGAACGAUAUUUAUUUAUUGUUUGAGCGUCAAUUUCUUCUAUUCGUCCGUCAGUCAUCGAACGGCAAUCGUCGCGUACGAUCACGCGUUAUCAUAAAUGGGAACUAUUGGCGGGGCGCAUUUACGUUGGGCAUCGAAUGCGAACGUGUAAAACGCGAAUUUUUGUGAACGCCGAGAAAAAGUAUUGAUCGAAAAUAUACGUACAUCGCGAAUGUCCUGUUCCAACGCAUAUAGCCGCGAUAGUGAAUCAUACGAACGACGUGAUAUGAUAACAAGUGGAAUAAAAUAUAAUUGAAAUACAAAAAUAAAUCGUGAGUAUAAUUAGUAUAGUAGAUCGACUGCCGUUGAGAGUGUUGAAUAAAUGUACCGGGCGAUUAUUGUGUAUUAUACGAGUGCAAGUGCUGCGAAUGUCUAAUCGACGUUCGAUUGUAAUUAUAUCCGGUAAAGUCAGGAAAAAUGUCGGGAAAAAGUAUAAGUGUCGCGAGUAUGUGUUUUUUCUAUAAUGUUUAAUAUUUAAGGAAAUAAGGUACAGAGAAAAGUAUUGUGUGCCAUCGUCGAAUUUUAAGUAUUACCGUGAUAGUGAUAUUCAUUGUCAGUAGUCGAUUAAUUCAGUUAUUUGUGCGAUGGAUCAUCGAUCAUUGAUAACCGAGUUUCAAACAGCAAUGGAUCAGACGAGAAGGGAACAGAGAGACAACUUCAGGUACCAAAAUGGACGCCGAGGCAGCAUUGUUGGAAAAUUCGCCGACUUUGUCGACGAUCUCGUCGGAUUCCACGGACACAACGUAUUCCGGACCCGGCUCGCCCUAUUCCCCGGAAUCACCGAUCAUUGUCACGUCCUCUUAUAAAAAAAAGCAUGACAAUGAAGUCACACCUAGACCAACGCCCAGUCAUCUAUCCAGAAAGCCAAGCUUCCGAGUACGACCGCCCUACCUCAUGAUCUGCAUCAGCAUCAUCGAGAUAACCGUCCACUGCCUGGGAGACGAGGCGACGUUACGGAGAUGGCUGGUCUACGAUCCCCGUCAGAGGGUGCAGGGCUGGAGGUUCGCCUCCUACAUGCUACUGCACUCGAACGCACUUCACCUCGCACUCAACGUGGUCAUUCAGCUGGUCUUGGCUACUCCACUCGAGGUGGAGCAAGGACGAAUAGGGGUAGCGACAAUCUAUUUGGGCGGUGGAGUUUGCGGCGCUCUGGGAGCCUCGCUUCUGCAACCCAGUCUUUACUUAGUCGGCGCUUCGGCAGGCGUUUACGCACUGCUCACGAGUCAUCUUGCUCAUCUUUACCUGUGCCACGGCGAGCUGCGCUAUGCCGGUUGGCGUCUCGGCGCCGUGUUGCUGCUUGCCGGCGCGGAUGUCGCGUCUCUGCCGAUUCCGGCGUUGCUCGGAUGCGGCCGGGUCGGCUGGGCGGCGCACGUCGCGGGCGCGCUAGCGGGUCCGCUUCUGGGUCUGGCCGUGUUCCCGAACCAGAGCAAGAAGGACUCCCGCGGCCGCAGAUUCGUGCGAUACGCGCGACUGCUGUCCGCCGUGAGCGUGAUGCUGCUGAUCGUCGGCGCCGUCCUCGGCAACGUCUACCUGAUCGCCCUGCCGCAGCUGAGGAAGCCAUCCUGACAGAGGAUCGAGAUGCUCGUCAAGCUCUGCAGACGGUCCUUCCUGAUCGUCAAGAUCCGGGAGGCCGCCGAAAGUGUGUUCGAGUAGAGGCUCGUGUGUGGGCCGGAAAAAGAAUACAGAUAACGCGGGGAAGCGAACUGCGGACUCGUAUCUUGGGAUCUGAGCAUCGAUCUGCCAGGUGAAUCUUUUCGCUUUCGAAUCUCGCGCGAUCAGAUCUCGUCGUCUAUUACGAAACAAUGCGAUCGCGAUUUCGGCAAACGCAUCGAUACGCCAAGAUGCUUGUAAAGAGACUUGAAUAUUUCCGCUCAGUAAGUCGAUAGGAGAGCAAAUACCAAAGAUCGACAAUUUGUCGAAUUCGUUCGUACUACUCGCUGCCAUUAGACCUCUAAACUCUCGAAGAAUCGUUCGAUGAAAUAUGCGAUAGAAUGAUGGAAUACUUUAAAAUGAAAAUAAAUUGUGACUCUCCUCGCGUCUGAUACUUUGAUAAAUUUGAUAUUACAGACAUUAUGGAGGUAAAUGACGCGACUUUUUUAUGGACAGAUAAGAGAAGAUAACUGCCGAUUACAACUUUUUAAUAGAAUCGAAUUGCACAUGAUUAAUAUUUAACAGUACGAUUCAUAAAUAAAUAAUCUCUUGUUAUGUCAAUCUCGC